AUGUCACCAAGAAAGCAACUUAAUGUUAAAAAUACAUCAAAAAAACAAAUCAAUUAUUUACAAAGUCUCCAACAAUGUGCUUCAUGCUUAAAAGAUAGCUCUUCUAGUGUACGACUCGAUGAAGUUUUAACCAAAUUUACUAGAUUAAAAAAUUUGAUAAAGUGUGAUACAGUGUGUGAUCUUAUUACAGAAACAAGAUUAAAUCAAAUGAAAAAUCAAACUUCUUUACAUUUCGAAUCAAGAAUCAAAUAUUUAUUUUCUGAAACAGAAAUUUUAUUAAAGGAACUAGAAGAAAAAGACAAUUGUUUACAGGAAAAGAUUAGAAAAUCAGUUGUAUGGAAAAUCAGAGAAAUCACCAUUCCAAACUAG